AUGAUGAACGCCGCAUCAUUAUACACAACACAAGUCAACAAAUGCAAGGCUUCAAAGCGUUCAUUGUCUGCGGACCCCUUUGCACAUGCAAGCAACGCUAUGCAUGAACAAUCGGAUUUGACCUGGAGCUUUAUUGAUAGCAUUUUAAUGAGUACAAUCCGCAAGAUACUUUCACUCUUUGUUCAAAGCAAGCAUGAUGACGAUGGUGUCAAAGGCGGCGGGAUAUCGAAGGAGGCACGUCUCCAAAAUACACGCACCCACCAUACCGCACCUCCAUUCCAUCAAGCACAGAGCCGAUUACUAUCAAGAAGCCGAGCAUCAAGAGCUGACCCGGAUGGUUUGCGAAAGCUUGCAGUAGGCCUUGAAAUGUUGCGUCAUAAAAAACUUCCCAGGGAAACAUCACAAACAAGCAUGAGAGAAAGUUUCUUGCCGAGACGGCAAGAUGUCUUUGUUCCUAACAUGAAAAGUCCCUUGGCAAAAUGA